AUGGCAAAAAAAGGCGAUAAGAAAAAGGACUCAGAAAGAGAAGAAGCAGAGGUACUUUUCGAAGUGGGUACCGGCGAUAUGGACGUUUACGAGCACUUGCGCGAACUCCAAGUCGAAAUGCCCGACUUGAUGAGUGAAUAUGUCGAGCAUGUCUCCAAAACCCCUUUUAUUCAUAUAAAAGGGAAGUAUUUCACCAUGCAGCAAUACUACGCAUGGGAGUAUCGCCUUAGGUUGAAAAAACGAAUUUACUCUGUAGUUUAUCCGGAGCACAGACGCGUCUAUAUCUAUCGCGCAGGCACUCAUCCAAAGGAGAAAGUACCAAAANUCAUCGUAUUGGUUAGCUUAUCGUACACCAUGGCACGUACGAAAUUCUUCAACUUGAUUGUAUCACAUUACGUCACAAGAUUACACUCGAUAGUGAACUAUAUAGAUGAGCCCAGAAUGACAUGUAAAAGAUACUUCUUAAAUUACACUCCAAGUUAUUGGGAAGAUAUAUGGUACAACAACAUUGAUGAAUUUCAGAAAAAUGUUUGUGGAAGAUUAUCGAAUGCUGAUCAUUUCAACAAAAGCGUACAAAUGAUGCAACGAUUAAUCGAAUUACAGCGUUUCGGAAGAAAUAAAACGGCAAAUGCUGAUCUGACGGUAGACUACCUUUUCUCUCGAAUGUUUUAUCGUGAGGAAUGCCGAAACUCUAAUUCAAAUGUUUCAUUGAGAACUGGCGAUAUUUCAUAUCUCAUCGAACCUUUAAUAGGAUUAUUACGUGAUCCGUUCACUGUUUGUCCUCCUAUCAAAUCUACAUCAAUUCCAGCUGGUCUCUAUGCCGAUGCAAAUAUGCAAUCUAAACGUUUUAUUUUGCUAUUAGUUGCAGCUCCUUUUCACAACCAUUCCUUAUUUACCCCUACUGAACAUAUCUUUCCUUGGUCCUAUCAGCAUGCGUUCGACGUACGACGUCCUAAACUUUUCCUGUUUGAUAUAGGUAGUUCGUACUUUGGUUCGUGGGGAGGUGAUCCGAACGGCGCUUCUAGUCUAUGGUUCUACGAAUAUCACAAACGUUUUCAUGUGAAAUUCGAUCGCAUCAUAGCUUUUGAACAUUCUUCAUUAGAUGCAAAAAGCGCAUGGAGUCAAUUACCUGAUGAUGUUUUUCCUAUUUAUACUCUUAUCAAUGUUGGCGUUGGAGAAGUCGGUAAAUUUAAUCCAUGGACAAUGUUACAAGCUAUUGCCGAAACGCAUGAUUAUGUGAUUGUUAAAAUAGAUAUUGACACACCAGCUGUUGAGAACGCAUUAAUCGAGCAGAUUCUCAAGGAGCCGAAGAUCAGUUCGUUGGUUGAUGAACUCUGUGUUGAGCAUCAUGUCACCGUUGGUGAAAUGAUACCUUCUUGGGGACUGCCAGGAAAAAGUUUAAAAGAUUCUUAUGUGUUGUUUCGAAAGAUGCGUCAACUUGGCAUACGAAUGCAUUCGUGGCCGUAG